AUGGCCCGGAUGAACCGCCCUGCGCCGGUGGAGGUCUGCUACAAAAACAUGAGGUUCCUGAUCACCCACAACCCCACCAACGCCACACUCAGCACCUUCUUAGAGGACCUGAAGAAGUACGGUGCCACCACGGUGGUGCGAGUGUGCGAAGUGACCUACGACAAGACCCCCCUGGAGAAGGAUGGCAUCACCGUCAUGGAUUGGCCGUUCGAUGAUGGAGCGCCUCCUCCCAGCAAGAUAGUGGAAGAUUGGCUCAACUUGCUGAAGACCAAGUUCUGCGAAGACCCCGGCUGCUGCGUGGCCGUGCACUGCGUGGCCGGCCUGGGGCGCGCUCCCGUCCUCGUCGCGCUGGCCUUGAUUGAGAGCGGGAUGAAGUACGAAGACGCCAUCCAGUUCAUCCGACAGAAGCGCAGAGGAGCCAUCAACAGCAAGCAGCUGACGUACUUAGAAAAAUACCGACCAAAGCAAAGACUCCGAUUUAAGGACCCUCAUAACCACAAGAACAAAUGCUGCAUCAUGUAACCUCAAUGACCUCUUG